AUGCCGCUGCACAAGACGCGGAUCAACGCAGACCCGCAUCGCUCACCCCCCUCCGCCCCUGCGAACCACAUCAGGACACCUGUAGGUAGCGCGUCGUCGAAGUCCUUAGCCGUAUCUUCCCUCUCAACGAAGCUGGUCGACAUACCUUCGCCAGAGCUGAAGUCGAACAGUGGAGUCCCCACCGGCGUCAGCAUCAGUGACGGUGGUGGCAUCUGGGACCGGCGAGCACCGUGUCGUGCGCUGACGCGCCCCCGGCGCAGCACCACUGCGGAGCGCCGAGAAGAAGCCGGAGACGGCGUGAAGGUGGCGAAGGGGGGGAAGGCAAGCAGCUCACUCGGCAAGGCCGCUGCCGGACGCGUUGGCAGCCAGGAAGAUGAUGAGGACGGGGGCGAUGAGACCUCGAGCGAAGACGAUGAGGACGAAGAAGAGGAUAGCGAUGAGGAAGACGACGAGGGCGAAGAGGGUGGCCACUACGACGGCGCCACAUCGGACCAGGAGGAGGAGGAGGACGACGACGAUGUAGACACCGGCGAUAGCACCGCUGAUGACGAGGAAGACGAUGCGUCGGCGUCGGCUUCAUCUUCCUCCUCGGGCUCUUCGACGGCGCCGGCAGAGAUCGGCGGCAGGAGGUCGUGGAGAAGGAAGCGGGGUGGGAGAAAGUCGACGCAGGACUCUCCCACGGCCCUAAAGACGACGGCCAUGCCGUCAUCGGCUUCAAGCGGUGCGCCGUGGCGUGGUGGGCCCGAGUCGGCAGCGCAGCCGAUUCGCACAAAGGUGUCGAGAGAGGGGGAUGUGAACGUGAAGGUCAUCCUUACCGUUCGCUCUCGUCACUGGUUCCGCCGCUAUGUCAAGGAGGUGAUGACGCGCUUUGGCUUCCGGAAGGCGACCGACUUCGACAUGUACUGCAUUGACCGGUACGGUGACCGCGUCGACAUCGAUACGGAGGAGGACUUUGAACAGCUGCUUGACGCUUUUUCGGAGGCCACGGGGGUAGGCAAGGAGAGCCUCGUGGGCACCUCAGGCCCGCACACCUCUCCUCCGCCGCCGUCCCUGGGGCUUCCAAACCACCUGCACGGCGCCAACCAAAGCUCGGGUAGCUGUGGGAUACCCGCGGCGGGCGAUGGGCUCAGCAUGAGUGGCCAUGCCCACGAGCGAGCCAUGAGCCUCAGCGCGAGUCAGAACCACACGUCCUCCUCCUAUGCCGCCAAAUUCUUCUCCUUAUCCCCUCGACUGGACGCGACGAUCGCGUCGUCCAUCAGCGUUGGCAGCCUCGUGGAGGAUGACGGCAGGAGCAGCGGCAGCGUGCUGCGGCUUUAUGUGCGUUAUUCGAAUGCCUACUACACCGACCACCGCCGAGAGUUCGAGCAGCAGAUGAAUCAUAGCCGGCUCUACCCGCAGGGCACUUUGAGUAACGGUGGCAACGGUGCCCAUCCGCAGCCGCAGGGCAUGUCGUCGACGGCGGCGUCGCUUUUCACGAACCAGCAGCUGCAGCAGCAGCAUCUUUCGCUUGGCUCGCCUUCGAGCAAGUGGAAUCUUCAAGCGGAUCAGUCUCCAAACAGCCAUGUCUCGCCGGGGGCAGUAGGUUCUCCCCUCGCGCGAACUCUUCUCGCGUUCACGACUUGCAGCGUCGGCAGCGGAAGCGGAGAUGGCGGCGCCACCGCGAGCCGUGACGAGGUCAACGCUGUUCGUGGCCAAUCGUCCGAUUGGGCGGCUGCCUCGGCGGACAGCGUGUCGUUGCAGUUCAACGAGACACUGAACAGCAACCUUGCCAAGACGUUCCGGCUUGAUGAGACCGAGCCGUUAGAAUGGCGGCGUAUGAGCGUGCUUGGCAAGGGCUCCUUCGGCACGGUGUACGAGGGCAUCACCCAGGAUGGGAAGAUGCUGGCAGUGAAGGUGCAGGAGCUGUCCCUCGACGACGGCGAGGACGCGGAGGCGGUGAAGGCGGUAAAAACGGAGAUCAAUCUCAUGCGUUCUCUGAAGCACAAGAACAUUGUCACCUACUACGGGUGCCAGACACGCGUGCUGCCGACCGGCAACCAGCAGAUGGAGGUGUUCCUCGAGCUAUGCCACGGCGGCAGUCUCGCCUCCCUGCGGCGGAAGUUCGUAAAGGCCAAGGAGCCGUUCAGCAUCUCGCUCGUGCGCUCAUACACGCGACAGGUUCUGGAGGGGCUGGCCUACCUGCACGCCCAGAACGUCGUGCACCGCGACAUCAAGAGCGACAACGUGCUCAUAUCUGCAAUGGGUGAGGCAAAGCUCGCAGAUUUUGGGUGCAGCAAGCGGCUAGGGCCAGGCACACUGCCUCCAGGUGCCGCCGCCGCCGGCGCUGCACAAAGCUCACAAGAGGCGGCGGCAGCACGUGCGGCGAUGCACCAGACAGUGGUGGGCUCGCCCUUCUUUAUGGCACCAGAGGUGCUGCGAGAGGACGGCAGCUACACUGGCGCAGCGGACAUCUGGUCGGUAGGCUGCUUGGCGCUGGAGCUGCUCGGCCGUGAGCCAUGGGACAUCACCGGCAAGAACAUCUUUCAAAUUAUGUUCCGCAUUAGCAAGGAGACGGGGAUGCCGAGUGGGGUACCAAAGCAGUGCCCAGCGAUUCUUCUCGACUUCUUUGAGCGAUGCUUCCAGCGGGAUACCAAGCGGCGGGCCACCGCGGUACAGCUUCUGGCGCAUGAGUGGCUGACGUGCCCCGACAAGGCGCUCGAGGAGGUGCCGCCGUCGCCGCUGUCGCAGAAGGAGUCGCCGGCGGAGUGA